AUGCUGGCCGCGACGGGGCCCUUCAAGCUCCGCGUGCCCUGCGCCGGCGUGCGCGUGCUCGAGCGGCUCGGCAACGGGCGCGCCGACGGGGCGCCGCCGGCCUGGCGGUGCGCGCAGGAGGGCCUGCCUGUGUUGCUGAGACACGGCUUGCGCCGCCGCGUCGCGCUCAGCCGCAGGCUGUUCUCGCGCGUGCUAGGGGCGCGCGAGAUCGAGGUGUCGGAGCUGCUCGCCGCCGCGGAAGCCGGGGAAGUGCGCGGGCUGGACUCCGUGCUGCGCGGGGGCGGCGCCCCGACGCAGAGCCCUGCCGCUGGCGAGGCCACCUCGAGCAGCGGCGCGGGGGUGGUCUCGGGCGGGCUGGCGCUGACGCUCCUGCCGCAGGAGGGCGAGGAGGGCGCCGCAGCCCCACAGGUCGCCGUCGCCGCGCUGCUCUCGGGCAAGGUCCUGCAGUGCUACGUGCCGCAGUCGGAGGCCGCCGCCAUCCUGGGCAGCAUCGAGCUGGAGCCCAGGACCGAGGCCAUCCUGCGGGGCGAGGCCGUGGACAGACCGCAGAGCAGCUGGGCGACGCCGCGGUCUCCUGCGCAGCAGCCGCCGCUGCCGGUAGCGGCAGCGGCGCGGCCGUGGAGGCGGCGCCGUGUGCGGCGGCAGCGGGCUAAGCGCGGCACUGGCCUCGA